ACACUCGACGGCGACGACUCCCUUUGUGUACGGUACGUACGCACCCCAUUGCUUCCAUAAGGGCACAACCGCGAAACUCGGGGCAGAAGAAACGAAAGACAAUCCCAACACCCACUCCACCAACAUCCGUCGGAUCACCAUGAGCGCCGAUCGCCACCCUCGUCGGACCCGCCGUGUGCUCGGAUUCGCUUACCUUCUGUCGAUCAUCCUGGCACGGCUCGAUGCGGGAACGUCCUUUUCGCUCCCACCCCCCACGAGACAACCGGCGUCCACCUUUGGGGCGAAACAGAAACAGAAACCACCACCGAACGCCCUCGCAUGCAACCACCUCCGUCGCCACGGAUCAUCGAUGGGCCGCACCACCCGCCAGCGGCCCUCCCCGGCGACCGAGAUGGCGGCCACCGACGAAGGAGAAACGGAGGCCGACGAGAACGGAAGCAACACGAUACGGAACUGGUUCUUCGGGCUGGUCCUGCCCCUCCAGCUGGUGUACGCCUCCAACCAGCUCACGAGGUCCUCCAUCUACUACCUGGUCGACUUUUCUCCCGGUGCCACCAGUGGGGCCACGGCGGAUCCCUUCCGCGCCAUGAACGUGGCGAUCGGCUUCUCGGAGGCCCAGUACGGACUCCUGGCCUCGCUGGCCUUCACGGGACUCUUCGCCCUGGCCUCCCUCGGCGCCGGGGCGGCGGCCGACAAGUUCGACCGCAAGGCGAUGACGGUCGGCUCCGCGGUGGGCUGGUCCGCCGCGAUCCUCGGGACGGCCCUCUCGACAACCUACACCGAGGUGCUCUCGUGGAGGAUCGCCAUGGGACUCUUCUGCGCCUUUUCGACCCCGACGGCCUACACGCUCAUCUCGGAACGGGUCCCGAAGGACCGGCUGUCCCUGGCGACGAGCAUCUACGGGACCGGGGUGGCCCUGGGCGGGGCCCUGGCCUCCCUGUCGAUCCUGCUGGACGACCGGAUCGGCUGGUCCCAGACCCUCCUGGCGAUCGGGGGUUCGGGCCUCCUGUCCGCCGUUCUGGCGGCGGUGGCCGUGCCGGGCGAGGCUUCCGCCACAAAGGACCCCUCGAUCGAGGCCGCCGGCGACGCAACCCCCGGCGCCGGCGAGCCGUCCUAUUCCUUUGCGGACGGCGUGUCGGAAGCCCUGGCCACCCCCCGUGCCAGGUGGAUCUACGGGGGCAGCUUCCUGCGGUUCUGCUCCGGCCUGUGCAUAGGCGUCUGGUCGGCACCCUUUUUCCGGGAGGCCUUUCCCGACCACGCGAGCGACUACGCGGUGGCCCAGGCCUUGAUCACCGCGGUGGCGAGCACCGUCAGCGGCCUCGCCGGGGGAGCCGCCGCCGACUACCUGUCCUCGGCCGUAGAGGCGGACGGCGAAAAGGACGGCGGCGAAGGAGCCCUCGACGCCACCGGAAUCCGCCUGUGGAUCCCCGUGAUCGGAUCGCUCGCGGCGGCCCCCGCCUGGUACCUGGCGCUCCAUUCCACCGACUCGUUCCAGGCCGCGAUGCUCUGGCUGACGGUAGAGUACCUCGUCGCGGAGUGCUGGUUCGGACCCACCAUCAGCACCCUGCUCUCCACGGUGCCCUCGAAGGUCGGUGGGACGGCCCAGGGCAUGUUUACCCUGACGGGUGCCCUGGCCAACCUGUCGCCGACCUUUCUGGGGUACCUCUACGGCCAGGCGUCUCUGUCGCCUCCGUCCGAAGGGGGCAUCGAAGCGGCGGCGCAGUCGGAGCUGCUGCCGGUGCUCCUCACGACGGGUGUGUGCUUCGGGUACGUGUCCUCGGCGUUCUGUUUCGCCAUGGGGGCGCGGACGCCCCCGCCGGCGGCCGCGAUCGAGGCCGAGGCGAACUGAACCAACGAUCCGAAUCGAAGCGAAGUGAAGUGAAGUGAAGCGAACCGCGGGUGCUACAGCAACGGGCCGAACCGCUGCACCUCUGGGGACGAUUGCAGCCGCGAAGCGGUGUUCGGUUCGAAGAAACCGGUGCAUAACAAUAUAUUCCAUGCAAAAUAUAAACAAAUUUCAUUUAG